AGUAUGGGGCAAAAUAUUUUAUUUGUAUUUAUUUGAAUUGUGGGACAUAUUACAUGAUCUGUUGCAAAUGAAGUCUUAAAACGUGCUUAUAAUUAAAAUGUUUUUUCUUCAUGCAGAGGUCCCCAGUUGUAUAGAACUAUUCAGUUAUUUCAUACAAUUUAUUUGAAUGAGCCUGCAUUGUCAUAUUUGAUAUUGCGAAACUGCUAUGCAAACGUUAACAACCCAUAGUAUGGAAAUAACUUUAGGAAGAAGAAAAAAUAUAACAAGGGUUCCAUUCAGAAUUGUGUAGGGUAACAAAAAACGUGACAUUUUGGUUAAGAAACCCUAAAAGAAGUAGCCACUUGGGGAUCUAAAUGUAGAUUGAAUUUUAAAAUGGAUGUUAAAUUAGUAGAUUGUGAAGAAGUAAACAGUUGAAACUAGUUGAGGACAGGGUACAAAGAAUGACUAUUUUGUUGAUGGUGAUACAUCUUCUAUAACAACAACAACAAAUGUCUUGAUCAGAACAAAAUGGGUGGAUUGCAAUGGAAGCGGAGAGUAAGAGGCAUGUUGACACUCCUGUUUGUAUCUGUGUGCCUGACUAUGCUGAUAUCUCAUCUGCUGUGGCCUUCAAUUACAGACCUUACAGAAGUGGAGAAGUGUCCAGCCUGCUACGGUACCUCAUUUUGCCCUGCUAUUACUGGAGGAUUUCUCACCUUGCAUUCCUUUGGUGCUUUUGCUGGAUUUGUGAAUAUUUUGGGUUCAAAGAAUGUUCUGUUUGGUAUGCUUGGUAAUCAGAAGGUUGUGCUGAAGAAACUGGGCCAUACAGUAGAAUUGGAGCAGUUAGACAAGAUGAUUUGUAAAGGGGCUGGUCUCAGCUCAUCCUGUCAUGUGCAUGAGGCAAUCUGGCAACAGGGUGAUCUGUUGCACUCCAUGAGGCAGCAUGUGGCUAGCCAAGAUAGCAGCCUGCUCCUGUGUCCAUCUGUGGCAAAUCUGGAAUGUCUGUUGAGCAGUGUGCUUUACAAAACAAAGGGCACAAGUACUGAAGCAUCACUUGCCAACAUCUGGACAACUCUAAUGAUAAAUCCAGAGCCACUACUGUUACAGGUGCUGCAGGAGCAAGAUGGGUGGCCAGUUACGAAAUACAUGGGUGCAUGUGGGCGUGUCGUGGUGGAGGAGUAUGCUGGGGAGAUACUGACCUCGUAUCAUAACGCUCCAUGGCUCCAGCGAGUACAUCUUGCCCACCAGCUACUUAUUGCAGCUCAUAACUUUACUGACAGUCACCCACUCUUUGGCUUCUACCUCACUGAUAUCUCUGCAGAUAACAUCGCUGUUGAUGCACAGGGCAAGCUGAGGUUUGUCGACCUUGAGAACGUGAUUGUAGUCGACAAAAAUGUACCAAAUGAAGAUAGGCCACAGUCAUGGACUAUCCCUCAUGUGAGUGAAACAUUUGACUGUGAAGGCUGUUUUGCAUUCUCUUCUGAAGACAUUUGCUCUCAUAGGAUGAGUGACCACAACUUUUAUGCAGUUUGCCAGCACCUGCUGAGCCCACUGGCAGCCCUAGACAUGAUUCCUGGUGGGCUGCUCCACGACAUGCCACCUGCUCACGCCCGCGUAUCGGAGUUGGUGCAGAAAUGCUCGGAGUCCACGGAGCCCUCUGGAAGGUUGAGAGCAGCACAGGACCUUACAGAAUUGCUGGCAGAGGUGUUACAACAACAUGGCUACAGUUCCAUGCAGCCCAAAUCUCCUUCUUGCUCUCUCUGGGAUGGAUGUCUUGAAGCAUAAACAGUCUUAUCACAACUUCCUGCAUGAAUACUGUACAAAUGUCACAACAUCAAAAAGAAGAAAAUUAAUUUACAGACCCCACACCACAAGUUCGAGUUCAGAAUCAUGAUUCAGGAAAUGUUUACAAUUUCUUAAGACAUCAACACCCAUUAACAUACUGUCCUCACCAUUGCUGCACUAGGCCUCUGAAAACGCCAAGCUGUAAAUCACAUACCAUCAAAAUGCAAUGUGAAGCACUUACAAAUCUUGCUGAUUCUACCACAUAAUGCAUGGCAAUAUUAGGCCAGCUUCCAAGAAACUGAACUUGUGUUCAUGGGGUUGCAUGUCUAUUUUCCAAACAAAACAAUAAACAAAUAGAUUAUAAUACAGGAGAUAAAGAGAAAGAAAUUUGUAUGACACAGAGCUGUAUGCCAAUAAAGGAACUAGUUAAAUUUGUAUUGUA